UAUUCAAGUUAUUGCUUACCUUUAUUGAUGACUCUUUUUGGCGUAUGGAAAAUGGCGAGGAGAGGGGAAGGAGAAAAGGUGUUAGUGUUUGGAAGGGGAGUCCCCUUCCAUUAUAACAUCAGGCAGUGAUGACUUCUCUGUGGUACUCUCUCUGUUUUGCAGGCAUAUCACUAGGACCUGGUUGUGGCUCUUGUCUUACUAAGAAUCUAUCUAAAGACACAAUUGUCCCUACUUUUUAACACUUGUCUGUAGUGAGACCUCACAUUGUCAUUUAAAAUGUCAAUGCAACGGCCUGCUUCAGCUUUAUCUGGGUGAGUUUAUUCCACAAAACUUUGCAGUUUUUCCCAUACUUAACACAUUUUCUCAAUGAGGAAGGGACAUCCUCUACUGCCUCUACUCACAACUACUUUCUUAGGUUGAACCUUACCACUGACUUUCUUGAGAUCAAUGGCAAGAUAUAUAAUAAUUACUUUUAAGUUCAAAUACCCCCAAAAUCUGAAAAAACACUAAAAUUCCUUACAAAGAAUUAAGGCACGAUUGUCACUAGGCGAGAGGCACUGGUAAACUGAGGCGCGUAAACUUUGGUCAUCAUUUUUCAGCCAUAUUAUUUUGAUGUUUCAUCUGUGUAUUUCUGGUUAUUUAAAAAAAAUCUUAGUAUAAUAAAGGUAAGGUAAACUAUAACUUGUACAUACUAUAGUACAAAAUAUGUGUGUGUAUUAUGUAUGAAAUCUAUUUUGAAGUUAAUAUUUUUAGCUUUUCUUUCUGGGCGUUCCACAGCUGGAGUGUGGAACGGAUUAAUUGAAUUUACAUUAUUUCUUAUGGAAAAAUUCCUUUCCAGUUACGAAUUUUCAAGUUACGACCCGUCUCUGGGAACGGAUUAAAUUCAUAAAUGAAGGGGCCACUUUACAAGAACUAAAUGUUGCUGCAAGCAUUGUUGCAGGAUCUCGAAUACCAUUCAGUCACAGGCAUUAUUUAGACGUGACAUGUCAUUCAACCACGUAACAUUUCUUUUCAUUCAGUCACAUGACAUUUGUUUUGGUCAUGCAACCCUCUGUUCUCUCACAGGUUUUACCCUUUGCUUGGAAGGUAUGGGAUGUCUCGGCCGUUCUUUGAAGGGUAUUCAUGCAAGCUCUGUUCGCAUUCUUGUCUGGGUCUUAUGAGACUAUUUGUGGGGAUGUAGAUAAAUGCCACUCCCACUUUAUCUUCUGUUACUCAAAUGAUUUCUAUGACAAAGUACUAUAUGUGUAAGUGGUUUCUUCUUUUAUAGUAAUAGCUUUGUCUUAUUUCUUUUGUUCAGCGAUGUUACUUCCCCUCUUUCCCUUGUUUAAUAUACAUGUAUACAACUUUAUUUUUACUGUAUUACUUACGUUUUUUCUCAGGGCUGAUACCUUCCUAGUCUAUGAAACUGGUAAACAAGGGAGUGUGAUUGCCUCAAAAAUCAUGGCCAGCACACAAUCAACUGUAGUUGAGCCUAUUCCUUAUGGACCAGAUCUCUACAUUGGCCUGGUUCUCUCAAUAUCUUCAUCCAUAUUUAUAGGUGGUAGUUUCAUCUUAAAGAAAAAGUCCUUAUUGGCUCUAGGAAAAUCUGGUGGUACGAGAGCAGGGGCUGGAGGCUAUGGCUAUCUCAGACACUGGCUCUGGUGGGCUGGUCUACUCUCCAUGGGGUUUGGAGAAGCACUCAACUUUAUAGCAUAUGCCUUUGCACCUGCAACUUUGGUCACACCUCUUGGGGCACUGUCUGUAAUUGUUACAGCUCUCUUGUCUCAGUAUUUCCUGGGAGAAGUCUUAAAUGUGCUCGGAAAAGUAGGUUGUUCGCUGUGUUUACUAGGAGCUACAGUGGUGGUCAUUCAUGCUCCCAAAGAAACUGAAGUGAGAAGCAUGGAAGAUCUGGCAGCCAAGCUUGUUGAUCCAGUGUUUGUGGUGUAUGUUGCGUUGGUCACAGCUGCAGCAUUCGUAUUGAUAUUUCACUUUGGACCUCGGUUUGGAUCCCGCAAUGUGGUGAUUUAUAUUGCCAUCUGCUCUCUGAUUGGAGGCUUUUCAGUUCUCGGAUGUAAAGCAAUUGGCUUGGCUGUGAAAGAAACCAUAUCGGGUACAAAUGAAUUUAAUAAUUGGAUCACAUGGUUCUCAUUGCUGGGUCUCAUUAUCUGUGUCAGCACGCAGAUGAAUUAUUUAAAUAAGGCACUGGACAUUUUCAACACAUCCCUGGUGACACCAAUUUACUACGUUUUCUUUACGGCUUGUGUGAUCCUGUCCUCUGCAAUGCUGUUUAAGGAAUGGAAAGGUCUGCCGACUAAAGAUGUCAUAGGCGUUUUGGCAGGAUUUUUAACUGUUGUUAUUGGCAUCUUCAUUCUACAUGCAUUUAAGGACAUGGAUGUCUCAUGGACGGGCAUGUCAUCAAUGUUGACAGCCCAAGGUGCAGGAGAAUCAAGACGGGGCAGCUCGGACCACACGGAAUCGGCUAAUGACAUUAGCCAACUAGCAGACGAAGAAGAAGGACUAAUCACAUCGGAACCUCUCUCCUAUGGAUCCAAUAAACGUGUUUAUUAAAAUAAGUCCUGAAAUGUAGCUAGUGGCAUACAAUUAAAUUUGCUGGUGGCUCAAUUAGUGCUUUUGUACUGCUACUUGCAGUUUACAUAUGUAGUUUAUAUCAGUGAUUGUAUAUGGACCAAAACAAUUCAUAAUCUACAAUUUUCAUAUUGAAAAGUAUAUACUGUAUGCCUAAAUAAGUCUGAGACUUAAAUUAUAAAAAAAGGUCCUGCACCGUGAUUCUUACUUUUCAAGUGAUGUUCAUAUGCUGAAAGAUAUAAUCUCAUGGUGUGUGAUGUAUGAGACUGUGGGCCACAGCUGUUCACUCAUACAAAAAUUUGAUCUUGCGAGAAUAGAUAAUAAUAGUUGUUAAUUAUUUUAUUCAUGAUUUUAAUUUGUUUGAUUGUAACGUUAAUGUUGUUUUUUACACCCACACUCAAAUUAGGACAGUAGCUGCAGGAAUUUUGCAAAGCUUUUACCGGUAAGUUGCCGACUCCACACUUAAAUGGAAUAUGUAAUUUUGUUGGAUAUGUCUUUGUUAUGAGCUCAUUUAUUGAACUAAAUUGAAGUAGCUCACUGCUUAGCAUACCAAAACAAAAGGUAAGUUUAAGUUAUCAUAUUAGUCAGUGCAAAAAGGAACAUAGUAAAAGAGACAAUAAGUAUAAUGUUGAAAAAUUUGAAAAUUUAUUAUUGAUUGAUUGAUUUUAUUUGAUUUAUAUAUGACCAGGUGUACAUUUAUAAUUGAUUUUGUUAGUUUACAACCAUUAGCUUACAGUCCACUUAUUACAGGUGCAUUACACAGUACAGUAUAAAGGACCUAUCCUGGUUCAUGCUCAUUCUGAACUGAAUAUAAAGGACAUACAAGAGUGAUUCCGAUUUCGUAAGAUUUAGGGUGCUCGGCAACAAUAAUUUUUUAUACAAUUGUCACUGUUGACCCGAGUCUUUAUUCUCUGCAAAAUUUCCCCCGUUUCAUACAUAUUGCCUAACGUCAGCUGUAUCAGAGCCAUAUGGAUAUUCCUUAUAAAGACAGCAUGGUCUGUGAUAAGCAAAUGCCUGACAAAUGAGCUAAUGUUGAUGGGAUAAUGCAUUUCUUUUAAAAAAAAUAUUCAGCUUUAAAUUCUUUUCAUAAGGCAUCAAUAUUAAACCCUAGCAGCAGAUCUCAAUUCAUAUAUGGGUGUAUAUCUUGAUGAAUUCCUCUAUUCUCAACUUAGUUUGCAUUGUGAAGGCAUGUGUGGUUCUUUUGACAGAUUUAAAAUUGACAUUAGAAUAUAUAGCACAAAACAGUUCUACAAGAAUUAAUAUUGCAUUUAUUAUGAUGGGGUCCUCAUUGCUCCAGGUGCCUCAGAAAACUGAGUUAUGAGUUAAUUAAAAUAAGAAAAUUAAGUUAAAAUACUUUCCUGUUUUGUUAUGGAAAUUUAAUUACUUGGGAAUUAAUUCUUGUAGAAUAUAAAAUAUAGUUUUUAUGCAACAUUUGCCAAAGAGACAUUUCAGUUUGGUGUAGCUAUUAUAAAUGAUGAAUUGCCCUGAGCAACUCUAAAACUAAAUUAAACAUGUAGAAUAUCACUUGGGAGAAUGUUAUUUCAGUGGCAAGUUAAUCUAGGUAUUUACAGUUGAUAUACAGUAUUUCAAAUGUAUAUUAGGCACACAACUAGAGAGAAAUGUGGGCUAAAUGUAUAUUUUUCUAGGACUGUAAGACAAUGAAGAGUUUAUGAUUGCUGUAGUAUAAGUCUAUAUAACAGUGACCAUUGAUUUGCAGAUGUGGACAUUAGCAUAAGUGUUAGGCUACUAACACUUAUGCUAAUUUGUGAAGGCUACCAUUUUUUAUUUUUAUAAUAAACUUGUUGUAAUUAUUAUUUAAAUAAGACUAUCUUGAUAUUCAUCUGUGUUUUAGUCUAGGUUUGCUAGUUAAUGGAUUUAGUUUUUGUUCAUUAGUAUGUUAAGACAUCAGCAACAUUUAAGGAAAGAAGUAAAUAAAUGAUACUUGAUAGUUUUGGUAUUAUAUAAAUAAGGUUUUUGUUGCUUGAAUCAAGAAUAUGUUGAAAGGAUGAGGGAUUUUUUAGUAAAGGCAUAAAUUACAAGGAGGAAAAUAUACCUGUACUGUAUAUUCAGGAAAAGGUUAUGAGCCUUCAAAGUAACUAAUUUUCAUAUUCCAGUACAGUAUGUGGAAUACCAUAUGGUGGUGCUGUUGAGUAAUUGUGGUAAUAAAAAAUCAAGAGAAAAAAGGGCCAUCCAUUCCCUCUCUUCCUUAGACAUGCUUCCAUUGGCUGUUGAUACCAGUUAGUCUAGAUAAUAUAUAUUUAGCAGGUAAAUGUUACUUGUCACACAUUAAUAACAAUGCUUCUUUAUUCCUAAGAUUUGUUUUUGCAGCGAUAUUCCUGCACAGGCCCUUAGCUUUUGGCUGGCCUGCUAAACCCUUAAGCUAAAUACCUGCCAUAUUUUGUAGAUAACUUCAUAUUUUCACACAUUGGUAAUUACAUAUACUGUAUAUACUGUAUCUAUUAUACAAAAAUUAAUUUUCUUUUCUUCCUGAUCCAAAUUCUGGAAAGAAAACUAGUCUUUACAGAAUGAUCUCUCCAAAUAAUUGCUUUUUUGUUCAAAUGAUGAGAUAUUACAAGCAUAGUAUAUUCUUAUGUAAAAUAGUUUUAUGUUCAUAGUAUUAGUUUUUUCCUUCAAGAGUAAUGCUGAUAAAUUAAUAAUGAUUUUUUAAAUAUGCACUGUUCAAUUUGUAAAUACUGUAUUAGUACUGAACAACAGAUUUUUUACUUUCAUGCACAAAGAUAAAUUAAUUUUUUUUUUUUUAAAUUCUGUGGGUUACACUGUUUUUUGGCAGAAAUGAGUGUUAUUUUUCCUCUUGAGUUUGAUAAAUCUUUGCAGUUUUAUUUUACAGUUAUGGUCUUCAUACUAGCAUAUGUUAAGCAACCUGUCCUCAGACAAGUCCAUUCCAUCCAGCGAUCAAUCUCAAAGACACAUUCAUAAAUUUUUACAUGCUGUUCAUUCAAAACAGGAAUUUUCUCAAAUAUAAAUUAUUAUGUAUUAGCAUAUUGUUGACCAAACCACACACACACACUAGAAAGUGAAUAGACGACACUUGUCUAUUUACUCGCAGAUAUAAACACGAUGCAUAAUUAGCUCUUACUUAAGACAAUACGACUUUAAUGAUUUUGAAUAUAUUAUAAGGUAGAACGAGACAAGCUUUAUUUGUUAAAUACAAUUACAUCAUCUACCUAUUACAUCAUCUCAAUUGAAACCGCAGUGGUUCGUUUCAUGAGAUGAGCCAAAACUCCAGGAUUACUGUUUGCUGAUGGAACAGUAAAUUUAUAAUAUAUUUUUCUAACUUUGUAAAUUAUCAUAUGUGCACAAAAUUAAGAUGUCUUUUCAAAUGGUGUGCAUAAAGUGUCCUUGCUCAAAAACUAGAAUUUUCUCAAGUAAGCAUGCUACACAUUGUGAGAAAAGAUGAAUCUACAUAAUGCAGUACGUAAGUCAGUUUAAAGAAUUAUACUAAAUUUUUACCAUCCGUGAAUCUUUAACCAUUCCAGGCCUACAUUAUGGCUUAUGUUAUAAGAAAUUAAUGUCAUGUGAUAUUCUAGCAUUUACAAAGAUAAUUUUGAUGUUUGUACAGUAAUAUAAUAUUUGCAGUUUGCUCUCAUUGCUUUGAAAAUUAGAACAUUGUUAUUUUUUAAAGGAAUUCAUUCUUCCAGAAUUGCUGUUAUUUUUUAAAGGAAUUCAUUCUUCCAGAAUUGCUUUUUUUUUUUUUAAAUGAAGACAAGCUUUUCAACAACAGUUUUGGCUUUAUUUGAAAGAAAUUGGGCAGCUUUCAGCUAUUCUUGAUAAUUUUAAUUGUUUAAUUUAAAUUUAAGAAACUAAGUUUAUUGAAUGAAAGUAAUUGGAAAGUUGCUUACAUCUAUGCUAUAUAUGCCGCUUACACCGUGAAAAGUAAUAUUGGUGCCACAUUUUGGUGGGAAAAUUCAAAUCUCAGAAUCCCUUUUUUUUGUCACUAAAACUUCAUUAUUUUUAUUCAUUUUUUUAUUUUUAUGCAACAUACUUUAUUAUGAAAUGCUCUACAUUAUUUUUUUUUUAUACAAAGACAUAAUGGCUUUUUAAUGGAACCAAACAAAUGAAUGCAGAAUACUAUUAAUUUAAAUAGUAUUGGGUUUUCAUUUUUUGUAUACCAGUCUUUUUAUAUAUACAGUAUAAUAAUUUUUAUAAUCUAGUAUUUUAGAGUGAAUUUGUAAAAUAUAUAUACAGUACAGUAUAUUUAUUUGCACACUUAAGAGAGACGAAAAGCAAAAUGCCCUUAAGCUUAUUGGUACAUCAUUUUCUUUAAUUAUUAAGGCUUAUAUGGGGACAUAUACAGACAUUAAAUACUCAAUUUUUAAUAUUUAACUUUAUGAAUGUAAGCUUCUUUGAUUAUAUAUAUUGUAUGACAAUCAUAUUUUGCGAAGUUUGUAGUGUAAACAUAUUACUCUUUCAGUUUUCUAGUUUUUAACUUUGGUCAGUAAUCAACUACAUUAUAAUGACUUCCAAUUUGUAUUGGUAAAUGUUAACCUAUUUUCAUUAAUUUCAACACACACACAUUCAUUUGCACAUCCUCAACCAUUACUGUCCAUCUGAAAUGUUUUUUUUUUUUUUAUGAUCCUGUUCUUGUAUUCUUGUGUAACAUUUGUAUCUGAUUCUGUAUUGUAUUUUGUUUGUGCUCUAUUGUUGUGUACCUGUGUGGCAUAUUUGCAUCACUAGUAUUCAUUUCAUGUACUUUACUAGAAGUAUCCAAGAAUGCGAAUUUAUUUAUUUUUAUUUAUUUAUAUACAAGAAGAUUUAGUGGUUGCUAAGGGGAAGGGGGGGGGGUACAUAUGCAAGUGAGUGAGUAGUACAUUCUUGCAAAGCCACUAGCUUGUAUAGCAUUUUGGGAUUGCUAAAACCAAUUGCCUAGCUGGGCUAUGUCUCCUGUAAAGUACAUACAUGAUUAUGUUGUUUAUGUAAUGUAACUAUUAUUUUAAGAUGAGGUUUGCAUUGAUUGCCUUCAGUGACCUUUUUUGCUGUUGAUGUGAGUAAUAUUUUAUGCUCUUUUUCUGGGAGGACUUCCAUCGAUGGUUUUGAAAAUGUGGCUCCCUGAACAGAUGGCUCUCUACAGGUAGCUCCAUGAACAGAUGGCUCUCUACAGGUAACUCCAUGAACAGAUGGCUCUUUCUACAAGUAGCUCCCUGAACAGAUGGCUCUCUUUACAAGUGGCUUCCUGAACAGGGAACGACCGAUGGGACCCACCAGAAAGAGGCAUUUCAUUACACUCAUUGUUAGAUUUUUUUUUUCUUAUAGUUCAUACAAUUUACACAUUGAACUUUUGGCUAUGUUAAUAUGUCUGUUUAGCACAGCUUAAGUUGUCAACAUAGAAAUUGUAUACAAAAAACUGUUUGGCAAGCUGGCACAAGUGGUGCAUUGAUGGGAUUGUUGAUAGUUAAAGGCUGCUCAUGGAUUAUUAGAUGGUGCAUCAAUAAGUGAACACACUCCCCCUUUCUAAGCUCACCUUCAUUGUUAUGAUAAGGCAUUGUUUAUGCCACAAGGCAUAAACAGUGCCUUGUGGCAUUGUUUAUGUGGCAACAUACUGCACUGCUGGUCUAUGAGGCUUUGAUUGAUUUGAUGUGGGUCAUGUAAAGAUGUUUUAUGUUUUUUUUAUAUGAUUUAAAUGAUUGUUCUGAAUUAAAACACUGUAAUAAGUACUCCAUGCUCAAUUUUUUGGUUGAAGAGUUUGUUUUUUAUCUAUUUUAUAUAAAUAGAAAAACUGCCUCUGCUGAUUUAUGAAACAAAUUACCAGGUACAGUACUGGAAUAUAAUAGACCUGGGAUUAUUUAAUUAUUUCAUGUGUAGGUUAUAUAUAUACACACACACACAGUACACAUAUACUGUAUAUUAGUAAGUUCGGUUGAGUAUAAAUAAAAGUUGCCUCGCGUGGUUCAAUAGGCCUUCUGCAAAUUUUCUUUAUUUUAUAUCAGACAGGCAUUUUGGUUUUCGAACACAACAUAAUGAAGUGACUUAAUGAAAGCUUCAUAUUUAGAUUAGCAUGUUUAAAACACAUUGGGUAACAUGUAUGCUUUGAUUUCUAUUUAUUGGAAGAAUAAAUUGAAACUUAUGUAUGUCUGUCAUUUAAAUUUUGCCACAUCUUAUUACUGUAUAGAUAUUCAGUAACACUGUAAGCUAUUAAAUCUUCUUUUUAAAAUUAACCAAAACAAAUGGAUGUAAUCCUGUAACUUUAAGUAGUUGUAAUGUCUCACAAUCAUCCAGGAGUGAAGGGUUUUAUUUUUGAACCAAAGGUCUUAGUAUACAUUCGGUCUUUAUCUGUGAAUGAGGUUCAUUUUGGUUUUGAAAGUGUUUCCAUUGUUACUGUUACAUAUUUGAAAUGCUUGAAUUGAUGUUUGAUAUACCUGUAUUUCACCUUGAGCUUAGAAAUGUAUAUAAUGCUGUAAUUAUUAUCAAACAUGCAUUAUUUGAUAAUUUGACUUUUGUCGUGGAAAGGUUGCACUAACGACAAUUAAGUUUGACGAAUAAAUGAAAUCCAGUAUUCUGUUGUGGCCGGGGAGGCAGGCAAAAAGCAGUCUCGUUGGCCAAGCCAACUUAGUCUUCAGUAACUUUAUCACGCAUUGUGUAUGGGUUCUUGAUAGAAUUCUGCUUGACAAGUUGCAUUUUUUACAAAAUGUUCUGCUGUGUGCAGAAUUAGGUGAUUAAGGCAGUUAGAUAAAAGUGGGCUAAUGUUGAAAUAAUAAGAUACAUUUUGUAAUUAUAUGUUAAGGAAGAAUAUUUUUCAUUUUAUUUUUAAUGUACUUUUAUGCUAACCAUUUAAAGGCAUUAUACAUACAUGGUUGAAUACUAAUAAGUGUGUAUCACAGCAAGUGUCUACUUAGCACACAGUAUUUCAAUGCAAUCCUGUGAUAAAUUAAUAAUAGCAAGGCAUAAAAAAGAAUGUAUGUACACAUACUUUUAUAGUUGUAUGUUGUACUUUUUCACCAUUUAUAUUGUACUUCCACUGAAUGUGUCAAAAACUGAUAAGGGAUUUCAAUCCUUUGUAUGUGCUGUUAAAUCUGGUUAUUGUUUUUAAUAAACAAUGUGAUGCAACUAAGAA